CACACACACACAUACUCUUCCUUUAAUCCUAUUUACUCAAAUCAUGUUUCUCCAUUAUUAAAUUUCGAUGAUUCAAUUCACUUUCAAUUUUGAUUUUUCAUCAAUCUCCAUAUCCUCAUUUCGUCGCCGAUUUCCUUUGUUUUUUUCCUUUUCCUCCACUUUUAGCAGAAGCAGCCAUGGAUUUUAUGAAGGUCUUCGAUCAAACAGUUCGAGAGAUAAAGAGGGAGGUGAAUUUGAAGGUGUUGAAGGUUCCAGAGAUCGAACAGAAGGUUUUGGAUGCAACGGAUGAUGAACCUUGGGGUCCUCAUGGCACAAUAUUAGCAGAAAUAGCUCAGGGCACAAAAAAAUACACUGAGUGCCAGAUGAUUAUGAAUGUCCUUUGGACAAGAUUGGCCGAGACGGGCAAAAAUUGGCGCGCUGUCUACAAGGCUUUGUCCGUUAUAGAGUAUCUUGUGUCACAUGGAUCUGAACGUGCUGUCGAUGAAAUAGUAGAGCAUACUUAUCAGAUAGCGUCUCUGUCAAGUUUUGAGUAUGUUGAGCCAGGUGGGAAGGAUGUGGGAAUAAAUGUGAGAAAAAAAUCUGAAACUAUAGUGGCUCUUCUAAAUGACAAAGAUAAAAUACAAGAAGCAAGGACUAAAGCGACUGUCAAUCGUGAUAAGUAUAUUGGACUUUCAUCAUCUGGACUGGCAUGCAAGUCAGCUUCAGCCUCAUUAAGUAGCAGGAGUAGCGAUCGGUAUAGAGGUUACGGUAAUGCACUCGAUAGUGAUGCAUCUAAAGAUAAUUAUAAGGGAAAGGACCAACAUGGGGAAGAUAAAUAUUUGAAGACUACCAAAUCAAAGAGAGAGCCCUCUCGCUCUGGCAGCAAGAAACAAGACACUCCUGUUGCUGGCGCAUCGAAAAAAUCUACCACAGCUAGCAAGACGAACGUACAAACUUCAAGUUCUUCAAAAAAAGCACCGUCUAACAAAUUCGAUGAUGAUUUUGAUGAUUUUGAUCCACGGGGGAUCUCAAGUGCUAAACCUUCUGUUGGAAGUAGCCAAGUGGAUCUUUUUGCACAAAACUUUGUUGAUCUUUCGGAUGAACCAGUAUCUUUUCCAACAGAUUAUUCUACCACUUCAGUAAAUAAUUCAUCAGAAGUUGAUCUAUUUGCUGAUGCUGCUUUUGUAUCAACAAAGCCUGUACCAGAUUCAGGGAAACUUCCUGCAUCUCAGACCAAUGUUGAUCUAUUUGCUUCCCAUCCUGUUCCUGCUGUUUCCGCACCGAUGGAUCUUUUUGCUUCCCAGCCUGCUCCUGCUGUUUCCGCACCAAUGGAUCUUUUUGCUUCCCAGCCUGCUCCUGCUGUUUCCACACCGAUGGAUCUAUUUGCUUCUCAGCCUGCUCCAGCUGCUUCCACCACAACAAUGGAUCUUUUCGCUGCUCCGGAUCCAGUUCUUCACCUAGAGGAAAAUUCCUCUAAACCUGAUACAACCAGUAGCACAUUCGAUCCAUUUGCAGCCAUUCCAAUGAGCAAUUUUGAUACAGAUACUUUGCCGAUAGCAUCUGAUCAGAACUCUCAUGAUGACGGAAUUCAUGCACAAAUGAAUUGGACUUCAGUUAACACCAACCCUCCACCCAAGAAGGAAGGGUUUCAAGUCAAAUCUGGAAUAUGGGCAGAUUCUUUGAACCGAGGGUUGAUUGAUCUAAACAUAACUGCACCCAAGAAGGUCAACUUAGCAGAAAUCGGCAUAGUUGGUGGAUUGAUGGAUGGAUCAGAAUCGAAGGACAAGGGGCCUCUGCCUUCGUUCAACAUGGGAAUUGCCAUGGGCGUCGCAUCCGGAGUAACUACACCCGAGCUAUUAAAAUCAACAUCAGCACCGGCAUUGGACGACGAUUUCUUCUCCAGUCUAAGCAGCCAGCAACACCAGAUUCCAAACUUCCAAAAAUGAGUUUACUCUGCUACUCGACUUUAGUAUUUAUUUCGUGCGAAUGCACUGCAUUUGAAUCUUGUAUAGGAGGGAAGAUAUUUUGUUUUUUGUUUUUGUUUGUCUCUCUGUGUGUGGUUGAUUGCUGGUAUAUGUCCCAUAUUUGCUCUUUCAUGCUGAUGCGGGUGCUGCCAAGGUUGAGGCUUGUACACAUUUAUAUUAACUUUCUUUUAUUCAUCGACAGUCCAUGAGUAGCCAA